GGGGAUAUUGGAUAUUGGAUAUCAAGGAUAGCUUACCUUAUAACAGGUAUGCUGUAUUACCUAAUGCUUUUCGCCGCCAGCUUGAUUUUUUGAAACAUCGUCUCUUUUUUUUUUCUUUUUUUGCCUCUUUCCUUUCUAAUUCCACCUUUUCAGGGCAGCUCACAAGGCAUGCCAGUUGGCUACAGCUCAUAGAGCUAUGUUGCAUUAUCUCACGUGGCUUCACAUAAUGUUUGGUGCCACCGCACCACCCAACGAAGCGGUGGAAGCUUCGAAGUCGUCGCCCAAUUAGAAAUCAGGUAUAAGGUAGGUACUUGAAACAUUAGGUCGCGACCUUAUGCAUGUAUUCACGGAUGAAAGAUGAGGUACAUCGCUUCUAUUUCGAAUGUAGCUCGCGCUUUGCCCCGCAGGCCAUAGGUGACCGACUUGCGCAAGCUAUGACUCCCGCUCAAGGCUUCAUUUUAUUAUUCCAUAGUUAAUGAUUUAAGAACAACAAGUUUAUCUGGCGUAUAAAUCAGCAUUCCAUUUGAUAAUUCAUUCAUUCAUUUCAUUGGUCGUAUCAGCUCUAGCCACUCCAGUUCUGCCACAUGGAUAUUGUAUCGAGCAACUAUAUCUAUUACUAUUACAUGUCACCAACGAUCAACUACCACUCCUAAUUUACCCGCAACCUCAACCAUGUUUUCAUAUCGCCGGCCAUUGACCUCCGCAAAUCGCUCUACGGAAUCAUCACGGCAUCGCAGCGAUAGGCGCGCGCAUCCUUCAAGGCGUCACGAUUCCUCUCAGGAGAAAAGGAGGGUAGAGCUUAUUGACCUCGACGACACCUUUACCGAGCGGAAUCCUGUAAAAAUUACUUUUAAGACUUGGCAGCUACACGAUCUGUGUGCCUUACUAAAGAAGCGAUUCCCGGAGGGGGCCCAAGAAAUUCCAGAGGAUGCCGAGGUGCAAUUCUUUUCCGACAACAAACGCUUGGAGGGAGAUGAUAUCCCCAAGGAUUCGCGACUAUUAUUUUAUAGGGUGUUGCGGAAAGGUGACGACGGUUCGUUCAGAGUCGCGUGGCGAGGGACCAAUUUGAAGCUGCGCAGGCCGGAGAGGGAAGCGAUCGCUCGUGAAGCUGCUAUGGGAAAGUCCGUAGGUAGCCUUCGGGAGAUUAUAGCAAACCUCCUACGAGAUACCAACAAGUCCAAGGAGGCUCUAGUACAAAAUGCCAACCAAAUCGUGAUCGAAACAGAAGGUGGCCUGGAACAGAGGCUGCUGGAAGGAAACAGUUGGGAAGUACGCAAGGUGAUGACAUGGCUUUGUCGUUAUCUAAUUAUUAGUAUGAAACCGGCCGACAACUAUUUCGUCCUGCGAGGGUUCAACGAACAGUACAUCUGCCAUAAGCCAUGCCUUAACCGCCGUGGUUAUGCAGACACAUUAAAACUCAAGAAUUGGCUCAAGAACGAGGUAUUGACGACGGUUCACUCUGAUAAUAAAGUUCGCCGGCGCCAGCUCAACUUUGAAGAUAUCAGACUGACCCAUAAUGGUAAGCUGGUCACGAGCGCAAACCAUAUUCGUCCCGGAGCGACUAUCGACUUUGAAGUUCCCCGUUCCGUAGAGGACAAAUUCGUUCGCGCCGAGAGUUGGUUGGUUCCUACGUCGGAGACGUGCAUCGUAUGCGGCGACGAGAAGAGAGUCUCCGAGAUGCCAAACAGGAAACGCAUUACGGCGGCUUGUGAGCAUGAUGCUACUACUUGUAAAGCCUGCGUUGGCCUCUGGAUAGCUUCGAGCUUGGAAAGAAUUGCGUGGGACCGCUUAAAAUGCCCUGAAUGUCCCCAACUACUCAAGUUCGAGAACAUUCGAGCUUUUGCCUCCCGAGAAAUAUUCGAUAAAUAUGAUAUGCUAGCCACGAAGGCCCUGCUUGCGAGAAACCCGGAAUUUAUGUGGUGUUUGAACCCUGGAUGCGAGUCAGGCCAGAUUAAUCCGGCAGGCUGUUCAAAAGCGAAAUGUCAUGGAUGCAGAGGUUACGUUUGCAUCCAUCACAACGUUCCUUGGCAUAAAGGGGAAACUUGUGAUGAAUACGACAAGCGAACACGUAAGCAAAGGAAGAAUGAGGAAGCGUCUGAAAAACACAUCAAGGAGAUGAGCAAACCAUGCCCCGGUUGCAAGAGGAAUAUCAACAAAUACAUAGGGUGUGAUCAUGUCACCUGUAUUUGCGGCCACGAGUGGUGCUGGCUAUGCUUCGAGCCGUACUACAGAGACGAACAAGAUUACCUUCAGUGUCACCACACGCAAGAGUGUCGGUAUCACGAUAACCCACCUAAUUACGAAGGAGGCAGGGCAUUCAUGCCUUUUAUGAACGCGCCGCCAGGGCCACAGGUUCCUAUCCCUAGACGACAAGAGCCGCGGCAAAACAUCUUCUUUCCCGUCGGGCCCGCAGAACCUCUCCCUAUUCCCGGCCCCGUGCCUCCUGCAGGCGACGAAGGGGGAGCCAAUCGGCCCAGGGCGCGCCGAGGGGGUUUUCACAUAAGAAAUCCGUUUGACCCGGACGCCAACGCAAACGGCGCGCGUCGCCAACGCUUCGAUCUACCCCCGGAACUCAUAGACGAAGAAAUGAUGUUACGUCUAAGGCGUAUGAUGCAGGGUAGAAAUUGACAGACCCAAUUCAAGAUAGGUAGUUCUGGGAGGAUAGUAUACGAAAUCCAGCUGCUAUAGAUGAGGACCCUAGAUAAGAGUGUUGCUUGAGGAAGUCGGCUUGCGAAUGUCCUCUAGGUACUAGAUGAUUAGCCCGGACUGAUCCAGCUCAGCUCACCUGGUGUAUUUAAGAGACAGAACCUGCAAUCGCUUUCGAUGUAAUAUAUAUAUUCAUUAGAAA